AUGGCAUUAGCACCUAAGUUCGCCGGCCAGAAGCUCGCCGCUGGCGUCUCUCCCAAGACGGUGCACACCUUGGAGCUCUACCUCGAUUAUGUCUGCCCAUUCUCAAAGAAGAUGUUCGCGACCCUCUACAGAUCCGUCCUUCCGACCAUAAAAUCGAAAUACGCCGGAAAACUCGCCCUUAUAUUCCGUCAGCAGAUCCAGCCGUGGCACCCGUCCUCGACACUUGUGCACGAGGCCGGCGUCGCUGUGCUGCGCCUUGCGCCGGACAGGUUCUGGGAGUUCAGCCAGAAGCUAUUUGAGAAGCAGACGGAGUUCUUUGACGUCAAUGUCGUCAAUGAGGUGAGGAACGAUACGUACAGACGGCUGGCGAAGGUGGCGGCGGAGGCCGGAUUGGAGGAAAAGGAGGUGUACGGGUUGUUAGAGGUUGCGGAUAAGCCGGCAGAGGACGGGAGUCUGAAUAUUGGCAACAAGGUCACGGAUGAUGUCAAGGUUAUGGUAAAGAUGAAUAGGAUGACGGGCGUGCACGUGACACCGACAGUGGUCUUCAAUGGUGUCGUUGAGAAUAGUAUCUCUAGUAGCUUCACUAAAGAGCAGUGGGAGGAAUGGCUGGAGAAGAACGUGGUGUAA